CUGUUUCUCAUUCUCAGCAACCUGCAAACAAACCCCAUCAUCAUAUUCAUGGCUAGACCCCAACAACGCUAUCGUGGUGUUCGUCAGAGGCAUUGGGGCUCUUGGGUCUCUGAAAUUCGCCACCCUCUUUUGAAGACAAGAAUAUGGCUAGGAACAUUUGAAACAGCAGAAGAUGCAGCAAGAGCCUAUGAUGAAGCAGCAAGGUUCAUGUGUGGGCCAAAAGCAAGAACCAAUUUCCCAUACAAUCCCAAUGAGCCACAUUCAUCUUCAGCUAAGCUUCUCUCUGCAACUUUGACUGCUAAGCUGCACAAGUGUCAUAUGGCCUCACUUUCCCUUCAAAUGGCCAAGCAGAAACCGCCACAAAAAGGGCCUCAAAUGCCACUAAGAUGCAAUGACAUGCCUGGAACAAGCACAGGCAUUGCUGACUUUAGAUGGCCACAGAGGAGGCAUGAGGAAUUGCAGUGGUUAGAAGGGAAUUGGGUAGGGAAAAAAGGCCAAUUUGAAGUUCCAGAGCAACAAUUUGAGCCAGUUCUUGCAGAUGAUCACAUAGAACAGAUGAUUCAGGAGUUGCUAGAUUAUGGCUCCAUUGAGCUUAAGCCAUGAAAUAUAGCAUUCUCCACAGAGAUAUGGUACUAACUACUAGUCUACUACUAUCUACUAAUGCAGCAUGUAAUAAAAGUGAGCCUUGAUUAGUAUCAUAGGAAGGUCACAAAUUUUUUUAAUCAUUUCUCCAGUUAAUGGACAAGCAUGUGGUACAAAAAUGUAGUGAUGUGUGUUCGUAUUUACGUUUAAGUUGGCCUAAACUACAUUCACUCUGAUGACACAUGUAUGUUUAUAUUUGCAUGAGC